GGCGUCUUGAGAAGAGCAGAUACACAGCUAACAGAAUAAAACAGGGAGCAUGAAUACCUGAAUCUUUUGCCUGUUCUUGUCUUCAUAUUCGGACCCUUGGAAGAAAUGGUGAUUGUUGCUAUUUAUCUGCUGGACAUCUUGGUUCAAGUCUUUGCAGCCCCUUGCAAUCCAAACAAAGCAGAUGUCAUUUUGGUGUAUUGCUAUCCUAAAACCAUCAUUACAAAAAUUCCCGAAUGCCCGUAUGGAUGGGAGGUUAAUCAAUUGGCUCUUGGAGGCGUUUGCUACAAUGGGGUUCAUGAUUCAGGAUACUAUCAAUUCACGAUCCCAGAUUUAUCACCCAAAAACAAAUCCUACUGUGGAACUCAAUCAGAGUUCAAAAACCCCAUCUAUCACUUCUACAACUCCAUCGUCUCCAACGACAGCUCUGUCAUUGUGAAGAGCCAGCCUGUGAAUUACUCGUUCACCUGCACUUACCAUGCAAACUACUUGGUCAACCAGGCAGCCUUCGACCAAAGAGUGGCGACAGUCCAUGUGAAGAAUGGGAGCGCCGGUUCAUUUGAAAGUCAGUUAUCUCUCAACUUCUACUCUAAUGCCAAGUUUUCCAGUAAAAAAGAAGCCCCCUUUGUCGUUGAAACCUCAGAAAUUGGCUCUGAUGUAUUUGCUGGAGUGGAAGCCAAGGGGUUAAGUAACAGGUUUAAAGUGAUUCUGAACAACUGCUGGGUAACACCUUCAUCGGAAUAUUUCUACCAAAUCCAGUGGCCACUGAUCACAAAAGGGUGUGCCACGGACAACUCUAUCUUAGUGCAUGAAAAUGGGAAAAACCACCGGGCCACCUUCCAGUUCAAUGCCUUCCGGUUCCAAAACAUCCCCAAACUAUCCAAAGUCUGGCUGCACUGUGAGACACACGUCUGUGACAGUGAAAAGUUUGCCUGCCCUGUGACAUGUGAAAAACGAAAACGACGCACCGAGCAAACCGGAGGAGUGCUAAUGGCGGAACUUGCAGUGCGUAGCGGAGGUCUGGCAACACACUACAACUUCUCAGCUGUUCUCAGUCAUCUAAUCUUCACGCUUGGAAUCAGUGCUGUUUUGCUGUGAGUCACAGCCCAGCUGCAGUUCUUAACACAUUCUGCUGAUCCCCUCUCCCCACUUUGUAACUGUACUUUACUAUGAAAACAAUUUAUUUUACUCAC